CAGCAACCGUAGCGUCAUCCGACAUUUUUAUUACAAUUGGUGGCUGUGAUGUCCUGCUGCUUAGAAAAGGAAUUUCAGGAGUACGAAUAUUUGUGUGUAAAUGUGUGCAGCUCGGAUUAAUUCAGGAGUGCAAUGAUGCCGGGGACAAGUGUUUCAUCGUUUGAGAGGGUUUUGCUGUUUGGGGUGCUGUGCAUGUGCAGUGUUUUAGCUGUUGAUGUUGAACAUGUUAUGAUGGCGGACACGGACUUCUGUGAGAAGGAUGCCCGCUCACCGGGGCAGUACUCGUUUAUGUGGGACAAGGACGAUAUGUUUGACGUAGACCUGGCGAAGAAGGAGACCGUCUACCACGCGCCUGAUAUCCAGAAGUUCGCUCACUACCAGGCAGAAGGCGGAUUACAGAACAUGGCUGUGUGCUAUCAUAAUUUAGAUAGGGUGAAAUACCUUCACCAGAGACUGAGACAACAGAGACGGUUGUUUGCGCUUUAGGACUAGCAGUAGGAGUACUUGGAAUACUCAUUGGAACCCUGCUUGUUAUUAAAGGGAUGAGGCAGAGUGAGUACCAGAGAAGGCAAACACGUUAGGUUAACCUGAAAUCUGCUGAUUGUGUGUAUUACUUUUUUCAUCAUGGAAUGAACCUGGAUCAAUUUCCUAAACAACUUUGUAGCACUUACGCUUUCAAAUCACUGAACUGAAAAUUUAUAAUAUUAGCAAGUAGUACUAAUACAUGAAAUUGUAUUACACUAAAAUGUGCAGCAAGGGCUUUUAAAGGGAAAGAAAUGCAGCUUUGGGGAGUACGGAUUUAGUUACCUGCAGUAUAGAGUUAUCAGUAACUUGACUGGUUUUAUUUUCUGAUUAUCCAGGAUGCUGUACCUGUUCAAUUAAUUGAGAAAAUAUUUCCUUGAUGUGGUUUAUUAUGGUGUACAGAAAGUAUCACAAAUGCUAUGGAUUUAAGGUCACCAAUGAUGUUACUAAUUGGAACAACCUUUGCAAAGUGCUGUUAUAUGGCUCCAUAUGAUAUUGGAAAAUGAUGAAGAGCACUUACUAAAGCACUGUUCAAACGACAUUAUGUUUAUCAGAUUAUGCAGAUCCUGAUUUUAAAAACUUAGAGUUGUUCAAUAACAACAUUGGAGAAUGAAAGUUGAAUUAAAAUUAGGGCACAGUACAGAGGACUGAGGCUCAACAUUAUAGAACCAGAAGACUAAGGCAGCAUUUUCCUGAAACUUUCCGAAUAAUCUCUCUGGCCAAGGUGUGGGCAACAAAGCCCACUACACUAGGAGUAAACCCAUCAACAAAAGGAUUUUUUGUUUCUGUAAACACAAUUUAUUUCAUUAUUUAUUGUAAAACAGUCUUUACAGUCGGUAAUAUAUAUGAGUACAGUUGGUUUGGUCACAGAAGUCCUCGACCUCUUGCCAGAAUUUUUGGAAACUUACUUCAUGGUGAAAAUAAUUGGAAUUGUAUUAGUCAAACUUUGUGAGUUUUCCCCUUUUCCAUUGUGGUGUGACUGUGGAGAUAGUUUGUUUAAUUUCUUGGGGUGUGAGGUUGGAGCCCCCAUGUAAAAACAAAGUAUUUUUUGUAAUCGCAAAUAUAAAGCAUUUGUUUACAUUUGUGAUCACUUGUGUCAGAUGUUUUUUAUUUUAUAUGAAAGUAAUUGCCAGUGAACUUUUUCAACAUGUUUUCUGUCAAUCAAAGAUAAUUUGAGGUGAAUAAACCUAGAAUACAAAACAACGCUGAGGGACGACAGUGCUUCAGGAGAAAAUGAGUGCCUCACAGUGAAGGUGCUCAAAUUGAUACUAAAGAUGUAAUACAUAGAAUGUCCCCAAUGAGGCUAUUUUUUUUUCAUUAAUUUCUGCUUUGAUUUCUGAUUUGACAUUCCAGUUUCUUAUUUUUUUUAGUAUUUCAGGACAAUGUUGUUUCAUUCUUUUAGUAUCAGAAUGUAAUAAUUCAUUCUUGUACAUUAAUUUUUCAGUUUUCUUGCUUGCAGUGAAUAUUUUAGAGAAACAGUAAAAAGCCUUACUGAAUGAUCUGUGCCUUUGUGUGUGCAUCUUGCAAAUGAUUAGCUAUUGUUAACCUGAAAGUAUGACAAAUAAAUAUACUUCCUUAA